AUACAUGAUGGAGGGAUGUGACAUUGUUUUAUAUCAGAGUCUUUUAUAUCAAGACAUUUCUCAAAACCAGAAUAUGAUCAGGGUGACUUUUGAACACUGGAAAUAAAUCAUGUACUCAUCCCGGCAGUAGCCCCCGUGGCACUCAAAAUUUCCCUGGAAUUUUCUAGUUCACCAAUACACUUCAACUUUCCUUCUUCCCUUCCUUUUUUUUAUUUCUUUCUCUUUUUUCUGAAGUAUUUUUCAUUCUUCAGUGGGUCAUCCAUCAACCUUUUUCUGUUGUCUUUCCUCCUUUAUAAGUUAACCCAAGUAUUUGUUUUCAUCUUACAGUAAUCAAGUAUCCAGCUGUCACUUUGCAGUAUUCAUGGCUCGGUCUGUUUCUUGUGGAUCUGCAGGGCAGCAGCACUGGGAGUUGAUGGAACUGGCCCGGGCUGUGAUUGGGCCACUGAAGAGUGGACUCUGUUCCUUCAACACUGUCUCAGAGAUGCUCCUCAGUAUAGAUGCAGACAUGGUCCUUCCUGGAUGCCAGUACUUUGAUGAUAUCAGACGACAGAUUAAGAACAUGAAGCAGAGGAUGGAAGAGUCAGAGCAGAUAGCCAGAGUAGAGCUUCAACGAGUGGAUAGGGUGACUGAGUCUCUUACUGCAGAGCAGAGUGUUUUAGCAAGGCAGAAAAGUCAGAAAGAGGGUGAGUUACAGAACUUGAAUACACAGCUGAGCUCACACCAAUCCUCUCUAAGGAGUUACAGUAAUGCUCUAGAUACAGAGAGGACAAACCUGAGGUCAGCAGAAGACACCCUGGACAACAUGAGGGCGAAGAGAGAUGAGGCAGAGAGAGUACGGAACGCAGGGAUUGGUGUCAUGUUUAUCCCAAUUGUGGGUUGGAUUGCUGGAGCAGUUAUGGUUGGUGUUGGUCAAUCGGACAUGGACCAGGCCUCUGAUGCUGUAGACAAAGCUAAUCAGGAGGUACAGAGCUGUGAAUCUCAGGUGAACUCAUACUCUUACAAAGUGAAUCAGUACAAUUCCUUGAUCUAUCAGGUUGAGCUUGACAUCAGACAGGCUGACAAUAAGAUUCAUGAGACGGAUGCCAAACUGCGGGAUAUGUCUGUGAAGCGGGGGGUUGUUGCUGAUAUUCAGGAUAAAAUGAGACGAGCUGUCCAUCAGCUGGGUCUGGUGUGUGGGGUGGGGAGUGCGGCAGAGCUGCAGACCCGACACCUGAUCCUGCUGGAGCCUGUGAUGAAGCUGCUGGAGGAGAUGACAACAGUACUGGGCCAGGGCACUGGAAAUGAGCUGCUUCACACAGAAGGCAUACAGAGCCUGAUGUGGGAAAUGAAGAAGAACCACAAGAAACUUAAAGAACGCGCUUCCGCCAAUAAUAGUAUCGAAGAUGCUUACAUAUGAUUUGCCAUUCUCUCACCCUCUUUGCUGUGAUGUGGUUUGUUUUGUUCAUUGCUUCAUAGAACUUUUUUCAUGUUAGAGAUUUGCAGGUGGUAUGCUGUGAUGAGGCGAGUAGUUUUGGUGGAAAAAUAAACAUGUUUUUCUUGUU